UCUGAGGGUCAGGCCGUAUAUUUUAACAGUAAAUCCGCGGUCACACUGCUGCCGUCGCGUGUUCGUAUUUGCUGUGGUUUUUUUAUUGUAAUGGGAAAGGAAAACCAUGGAAAACGCUUAAAACACGCAUGAAAAACUAAUAAAAGUUUUGAAAAUUCAACAGUGACGUUGGCAGCUGUAACAGUCUACUGACUGAAACGAGCAAACGUUUCUCGAAAAAACUCACUGUGCGUGUGAGUGCGUGCGUGCGCUCUUGUGUGUGAUCGUGUGUGUGUUUGUGUGUACCUCGGAGUGCGGUGUGUGCAUAAAAAGGCAUAGCAACCCACUGCCCCCGGGUCGGACAAGCGGGGAGGCACACAGUCGUCGUCGUCUUCGGUUCGAUUCGAUUCGAUUCGCAGAAGCAACGAAAGUGAGCGAGAACCAGAAAUUAUAAUUGCCGGGAGCGUGAUUUCCAGAAGUUUCCAAAUGGAAAACUGAUAUUCUCCAGAUCCGCCUUCAGACGAAAAGGACCAUCCGCAGAGUCGGUCAGGAAGGAAGGACGGAAGGAAGAGAGCAAAAACUCUCAUAUUGCUGAAAAAACACACUCAAUUUUUGUGCACUAGGAUUUUGCGCCAUCCCCAUUCCAUCCCAUCCCAGAUAUCAGCUCGGUAGGUCCUUCAGUAAAAAGAGAGAGAGAGAUAGAGAGACAGAGCGAGCGAGCGAGCGGUCGCUCCCCUCGGUUUCCACCAAAAACAAAAUCCCAGCCAACAACAAUCGUGUGCAUCUGAAUUUGAAUGGAUCCAUUUGUUGGCUGGUUUCAGAAGGAACAGGAGGGACCAUCGCUGCGCACAUGGUUAAAGAUUUGGGAGACGAAUGCCCAGGAAAUGGGAGCAUUGCUUGAUCAGCAGCUACAGCUGGCGACCAACAACGGAGGAGGAGGAGGAGGCAGCAGCAACCUAGGAGGCACCAAAAGCAGCAUCAGCAGCACCAACACCACCACCACCACAAACACCACCAACACCACAACAAUAACAACGGCCACGAAUAGCACCAACGACAGCAACUGCAACAGCAACGGCAACGGCAAGCCUUUUCUGUCGCGACCCGCCGCCGCCGCCAGCAGCAGCAGCACGCUGAGUCGCGUGCUCAACUUUCGUGCGGAUUCACUUGAAAUCCUGCCUCAAAUCAACGGCAACAGCAACAGCAACAACAGCAGCCCCGCAGCGGCUGAAGACAACAACUCCAAUAGCAGCUCGAGCAGCAGCAGCAGCUCUAGCAGUAGCUCGAGCAGCAGUAGCUCGAGCAACAUCAGUGCCAGCAACGAAGCGGUUGUUACCUCAACAAACAGCAUUAUAGGAUCAGCAGCAGGAGCAGCGGAAGCAACAGUUGCAACCACCAGCAGCAUUAGCACUACGAGUACAAGCACUCCUGCAACAACGACGACCACUACCGCAGCAGCAACAGCAACGGCAACGGCAGCGGCAACAACUGCAGCAGCAGCAGCAGCAGCAGCAGCAGGUGGAACGGUUGCAGCCGUAAUGAAUGAUACGACAAACCAAAGUAACCGCACAAACAUCAUUUAUUAUAAUCCGUCUCGUAAGAAACGGCCGGAGAACAACAAAGUAGGCGUCACUCACUAUUAUAUGAACAAUCAUAUGGCAAUGAUAGCAAAAUACAAGGGUGAACCCUGGCGCAAGCCAGACUAUCCCUAUGGCGAGGGUGUGGUGGGGCUGCACGAAGAGAUUGAGCAUUUCUAUCAGUAUGUAUUGCCCACGCCCUGUGAGCACGCCAUACGGAAUGAGGUUGUGAAGCGGAUCGAGAACGUGGUCCAUACCAUUUGGCCACAGGCGGUGGUCGAGAUAUUUGGCUCAUUUCGCACUGGACUCUUUUUGCCCACCUCUGAUAUUGAUCUCGUUGUCUUGGGUUUGUGGGAGAAAUUACCAUUGAGAACGCUGGAAUAUGAGCUGGUGAAUCGCGGCAUUGCCGAGGCCUGCACGGUACGUGUUUUGGAUAAGGCAUCGGUGCCGAUCAUCAAGCUGACGGACCGCGAGACUCAGGUGAAGGUCGACAUAUCGUUCAAUAUGCAAUCGGGCGUCCAGUCCGCGGAGCUUAUCAAGAAGUUCAAGCGCGACUAUCCAGUGCUGGGGAAGCUGGUUCUGGUGCUCAAGCAGUUCCUGCUGCUGCGUGAUCUCAACGAGGUGUUCACCGGCGGCAUCUCAUCCUAUUCGCUGAUCCUCAUGUGCAUCAGCUUCCUGCAGCUGCAUCCGCGUGGCAUCUACCAUGACACCACCAAUUUGGGCGUACUGCUGCUCGAGUUCUUCGAACUCUACGGCAGGCGUUUCAAUUACAUGCGUAUUGGAAUCUCGAUCAAGAAUGGGGGACGCUAUAUGGCCAAGGAUGAGCUGCAGCGCGACAUGGUCGAUGGCCAUCGACCGUCGCUGCUCUGUAUCGAGGAUCCGCUGACGCCCGGCAAUGACAUUGGACGCAGCAGCUAUGGGGUGUUCCAUGUCCAGCAGGCGUUCAAGUGCGCCUACCGUGUCCUCGCGCUCGCCGUCAGCCCACUCAAUCUCCUGGGCAUCGAUCCGCGUACUGAUUCAGUGCUGGGUCGCAUUAUCCACAUAACCGACGAUGUCAUCGAUUAUCGCGAAUGGAUACGCGAGAAUUUCGAACAUCUGCUGCUAGUGGAUCGCAUUUCCCCGAUGCCGCCCGGCUAUACCCCAAAUGGAACCAAAUAUGUGAUUAUGCCCUCCGGCACUGUGGUCCAACAGAUCUAUCAUCCGGUGCAGGUCCAAGCCCACGGCCAUGCGGGGCAUGGGCAUGCGCACGCCCAUCUCGGCCAGCCAUAUACGACGACGACGACGACAGCGGUGGCUGUGGCGGUGCCCGCCACCCAGCAGCAGCAUCAGCACCAGCAACAGCACCAGCAAUCGCAGCCGCCGACGCAACAGCAGCAGCACCAGCAGCAGCAGCAGCACCAACAGCAGCAGCAUCAGCAGCAGCAGGUGCGGCAUCGGCGGGGCAGCACCUCGUCGGGUGAUGAUUCCGAGGAUAGCAAAGACUGUGAGAUUGUGGAAGUGUCGCCAACAACGGGAACAGGAACGGCAACAGCACCGAGCACAGCAGCAGCUGGUUCCACGGUUGUGCCCAUGGAGAUAAUCGACAUAAGCUCAUCCCCCCCGCCCAAUGGCCGGAGUGCCGCCACCGUGGUGCCCAUUACGCUGGCCAUGCCCAUGCCGAUGCCAGUGUCCGCCGUCGGUAUGACGUUGCCGAUUGUGGUGGCAGCAGCAGCCAGCAGGAGCCACAGCACCACGACCAGCAGUAGCAGCACCAACAUGAGCUGGAGCGGGAAUGGAAAUGGGAGCCGAAACAGCGGGAAUGGCAAUGGAAACGGAAACGGGAACAACAACAACAAUAGCUCCUCAGCGGGCUCGUCGCAGCAGCAGCAGCCGCAGCAGUUCACUGUCCAAUUCAAACAGCAGCCGCCGCCGCCGCAGCAGCAGCAGCAGCCGCAGCAUCAGGUUGCCGGCUAUGCGAACAUGCUGGCCGCAAUUGCCGCCGCUGCCGCCGGUGCCGGCCAUCCAAUCCAACAUCAGAGUCAUUGUCUAAUUCAGAAUCCGAAUCCAAAUCAAAAUCAGAAUCAGAAUCACCUGCGCCAAUUGCGUGGUGGAGUGGGGAUUGGUAUUGGUGGUACAGCAGCGGCAGCAACUGCGGCCAGCAUGAUCAGCAGCCACCAGCAUACAUGUAUAACCUCUUCAUCACAACUACAACAGCCAUCAGACAUCAAUGUGUCGUCCAACCACCAGCAGCAGCAGCACCACCACCACCACCAUCAACAGCAGCAGCAGCAGCAACAGGAGGAGGAGGAUGAUCGCCAUUCGACGGGAAGCAAUGAUGCCAUAGCAGGAGUAUCUCUGUCCACGACACCACCAAAUGGAGGAGGAGGCGGGCGGCACUACAACAAUCAGCGCAACAGCAAUAACAACAACAACAACAACAGCUACUAUCGCCAGCAGUUUUAUGUCCCGCCACCGAUGCAGCAGCAGCAGCAACAACAACAACAGCAGCAGCAGCAGCAGACGACAUUAAACAAAGCCACGUAUCAGCAUCACAGCAACAACAAUAGCCAUCAUCAGCAGCAGCAGCAACGUCAUCAUCAUCAUCAGAGCCAGCAACUGCAGCAGCAACAGCAGCACCAGAGCCAGCAACAGCAGCAGCAGCAGCAUGUGCAACAGCAACAGCAGCGUCCGCAGCAUUUGCGACAAUCUGUGAAUCGCUAUCAAAAGCCAGCGGUUGUAGCAAGCAAUAAUAGCAACAGAUUGCCACCGCUGCGUGGCACUUUAGUGAACUCCUUGUCUGCUAUAUCAAUCAUUUCCAUAUCCUCCGAGUCAUCGGUGGCCAGCAGCAGUUCGUCCUCGUCAACUAGAUCCGGAAAGAAUCGUCCACAAAAGUCGCGAUAGGCCGAAAUGUAGGGAGGCACCCCCCACCCCCACACACCAUAGGCACACACACACACACACACACAUACACACACAUACCCACAUGGACACCCAUACGACAGAGACAGAUACUGACAGCAGCAGGACAAACCGCAAAGCAAAGCAGAGCAAAGCAAAGCAAAGCAAAGCACAGCACAGCAGAGAGAGAGACAGAAAUAGAAUAGUAAGCAAUGAGAGAACGAUAGAACGAUAGAUAGUUUUAGAGAAGGAUAGAAGAGAGAGAAAGAGAGAGAGAGUUAGCGUUAAUAUAUUUAUUGAGUGUAUUCAAUAUUCGUCGUAUAUUCCUCCUUUCUCACGCGUACUCGUACUUCAAAUGUUCUGCAUUUUUCGAAUUAAAAAGUAAUAAUAUAUGCAUAUAUAUAUACACUCUCAAGGCAAGGAAAAAAGUCUGUCAAAUCCAUAGAACCGAUGUCCCUCUCCGCCUCCUGCACUCUCCUAAAAGUGUAUAUCCUUACUGCUGUCUCGCUUGUGGGUCUUCUCCUACUAAAAACUAGAACUAGACUUAAGUAAAAAGAACAAAACAAAAGAAAAACCCCAACAACUUUUGCCUACUCAUUGCGCUAAAUGUAUUUCAUUUUGUUUCUAAAAUAUUAUGAAAGCUGAAAGGCAACAAAAAAAAUCCCCCCCCCCCCCCACACACCCACAACAAAACCAAUUAAUAUAUAAAGAGACGGAGAUAUGUGUUAAGAGUGUAGAGGAUACACGCCGUAGAUGUAGAAUGCUAAGAUAAAGGAAAAAGCGAAACUGAAUUAUGAAAUUAGCCUGUAUAUCCAUCAAUGUGAAUAUAUAUAUACAUCGUGUAUCUAUAUAUAUAGUAAUAUAUCUUAUAUAUAAAGCAAACUUUAGGCCGUUUUCAUUAAUUAAUUUUUUUUUACAUAUAUAAUAUAAAUAUAUUUACAUUAUACACGCAUAUGAAUAAUAUAGAUUAUAAAUGUCUAGAAUUCCCUUCUCUUUCCCCCCUCCUACACACACACGCACACACCCAAACACACACUCUCCCAAGUGCAUACAAUUUUUAAACGAUAUUCUAUAUCUUUUGUAAGCCUGAGAAUGCUCUGCAGCCAGAUAAGAUCUAACCCAAAAACAAAGCCCUCCCCCCACCCAUCCUCCGCCUGCCGGAUAUCAUGCUAAUUAUUAUUAAGUGCAAACCUGUACAAAUAAAAGUAAAAACAACUAAUAUUACCCUUGACUCGUCGAGUGUCGGGUGUAAAAAGAAACUGUCUAAAGCUAAACCUAAACCUUAAAUCUUAAACCUUAAGCCUAAUUCGUAAAUUUAAAAUCUGUACAACCCCCCCCACAACCCACACCCUACACCCCACAACUCUUAGAUUACUGUAUUACUUCAAAACUUGUUUUUUGAUGAUUUCGAUCGAAGGCUUACCUUUAACUACACACAACACAACUUGUAAAUGUUUUUAUGAUUAUUAUUAUUAUUAUGCUAAUGCUGAUUGCUAGUUUUUAUAAUUAUUAUGGUAUGUUCUAAGGAUAUUAAGCAUAUUUGUAGCCUGUACGAACACACAUUGCCCCUCGCCCUAAACACUGGAAGAAACAAAUGCAAGUGUGUUUUAAAACAAAACUAACAACAAACAAACAAAACAAAAAAAAAACACAAAAAA